AUGCAGGUCAAAGAGGAAAUUGUCCAAAGUGAAUUAAACCGCGAGCUUGAAACCGCCGAUACUCAAAUAUAUACAUUUGAUGCCGAAGCUUCUCCACAAGAUAAAGCUAAACAAGCACUUAAAGCUUCUGAGGGCGCUGCCAAGUCUCUCGGUAGUACCGUGGGAGGAACGACGACAGUAAAAGCGGUUGCCACAGACAUUGGCACAGACCAAACAGCUGGAGAAAUAGAAGUUGAAAAACUAUCGAAUCCUCCUUUGCCUGGAAGUAUACCUUCUGAGGGAGGGUCUAUUCCUGAAAUUCCCGAAUGGGCGCGUGUUGGUUGGCAACGAGUUCAAGAAAUUACCACUGAUGCGGAUAAAGAUUUUUUUGACGAAAUUUUGAGUGACUUAUAUUUUGGAAAACUAUGGAUAAAUGCUGCCGUGGUUUUUGUAUCUGUAUUUUUUACAUACAUAACCACCUCUCUUGGUGGAGGUAUUGGUUGGGUUAUCAUCAUUUGUGCUUUUGUUGGUACUUAUUUUAAAAGUUCGGUCCAACGGUUCUAUCGUAAUGCAAGAAGUGACAUUAGUCGGGAACUUUCAAAGGAAAAAUUGGAGAUUGAUGAAGAAUCUGCUGAUUGGCUUAACGAAUUUUUACGUCGAUUCUGGCUGAUUUAUGAACCUGUAUUAUCGGCAACUAUUGUGCAAACGGUUGAUGGUGUAUUGGCCGCUUCGACACCAUCUUUUUUGGAUUCGAUUCGAUUGACAACUUUUACGUUAGGUUCCAAACCUGUCAUCAUCGAAUCUGUAAGAUCAUAUCCAAAGUCUGAUGAUGAUGUGGUGGUUAUGGACUGGAGAAUCAGUUUUAUUCCAAACGAUCUCGUGAAUAUGACAAGGGCACAACUAAGCAAGAAAGUUAAUCCUAAAAUUGUUCUUACGAUCCGAGUGGGAAGAGGAAUGGUUGGCGCAGGAAUUCCCGUUUUGUUGGAAGAUAUGUCAUUUUCUGGACUUAUAAGAGUCAAACUAAAGUUGAUGAAUGCUUUUCCACACAUGAAAACAGUCGACAUCAGUUUCUUGGAAGAACCAAAGUUUGAUUACGUUUUAAAACCAAUUGGUGGAGAGACAUUUGGUUUCGAUAUAGCAAAUCUUCCUGGAUUGUCUCCUUUUAUCCUUGAUCAACUUCAUGCUACGCUUCGCCCAAUGAUGUAUGCUCCAAACGUUUUUACGCUAGAUACAGAAUUGCUUAUCGGAGGUUACCCAAUAGAUUCUGCAAUUGGUGUUCUCAAACUUAACAUACAUAGUGCAAGAGGAUUAAGAAAUGCGGAUAGAUUUGGUUCUUCUGAUCCUUAUGUUAAAUUAGCAAUUCAUGGAAAUCAAGAACUUGCUAAGACUAAAGUUAUUGAAGAUUCAGUGGAUCCUAUUUGGAAUGAAACGCACUUCUUGAUUUUAUCAACCUUGAAUGAAGUUUUAAGAUUGGAAUUAUGGGAUUUUAAUGGGCUUAGUAAAGACAAACCGCUUGGAAUAGCUACUUUUGAAUUAAAAACUUUAUUAACAAAUCCAGACCAAGAGAAUACCACGUCUCCUGUAUUAUAUGAGGGUAAACCUCAUGGUGAAAUACAAUUCGACGCAAUCUGGUAUCCUGUAGCUGAGAUCAACGAUGAAGAACCACUUGAAUCAAAUGUUGGAGUUUUACGUUUCAAUAUUCAUCAAGCCAAGGAUCUUGAUCCUGGUCGCUCCAUAGUUGGUCAAUACAACCCAUAUGCAGAAUUGCUUUUGAACGGAAGACCUGUUUUCAAAACUAAAACAUUAAGGAGGACAAACAAUCCUGUUUGGGAGGAACCAGUUGAAAUGUUCAUUACUAAUAAAGCCCGUGCUAAGAUAACUAUAAUUGUUCGUGAUGGGAGAGAUUUGGCCGCUGAUCCAAUUGUUGGCAAAUGGGAAUCCACUUUGGAUCGAUUUUUAGAAAAUAUGAAGGAAAGAAUGGACUGGUUUAAUGUAACUGAAGCUAAUAGUGGUAAACUAAGAUUAACUUGCCUCUGGAAACCUGUGAUAAUGGAUCAUAUUCCCGGACACAAUGGAUAUGUCGAACCAUGUGGAUUUGUAAGGCUUCACGUUAAGCGCGGUGAAGAAUUGAAGAACAUUGCUAAAUUAAGAGGAAAACCCGACCCUUACGUGAGCGUUUUUUUGGAUUCUAAUUACCGUGGUCGCACAGAUAAGAUUAAUGAUAACUUAAAUCCGGUUUGGGAUGAAGUAUUCUAUAUACCUGUACAUAGUACAAAAGAAACGUUGAUUUUUCAAGUGUGGGAUUAUGAACAUAAUGCUAAAGAUAAAAGGUUAGGUUUCACAAAGUUAGAAAUUUCUAAAUUAAUUAAUCAACGAGAAGAUGGAACAAUCGAAGCUGCUGAAAGUAUUGAUACAACAUCACCUGUGCUUCUUAAUGAUGAACCCAAGGGCUCAAUUGAUUAUUCAGCAGCUUUUUAUCCAACUGUCAAGGAAAAGAAAGUAAUCUCUUCAACAAAUGUUAAUAAGGAAAUCACUGAAGACAAAGGAUCCGAGAAUAUCAAUAUUUUGGAAUAUCCCAAGCUUGAGAAGAAGGAUACAUGCGUUGAAGUUAUCGUGGAUGAGGGGUUAUUCCCUGUCUUUACAACAAAACGAUGCAAGCAAGCAAAUCCUGAAUAUAACGAUGUCACCGACGUGUUUAUAAAGGAAUUGGAUUUUUCAAAAAUUUGUUUUCAAGUACGAUACUAUGAUAACAAAAACCCACUUGGCGUUGCAGAGAUUGAUGUUAGUAAAUUCUUGGAUAAUUGUUCAAAGUCGUCACCAGAAGAAGGUGUUGAUAUUCCUUUAAGCGGAAUAAAUAAUGCAUCUUUGAAUGUUUAUGCUCGUUAUGUACCUAUUAAAUAUACAGUACAACCUUCAGAGAGUAUAAACAACAUGGGCGAAAUACAGAUAACUGCCACGACUGCAGAAAAUAUACCUGCGGCCGAUCGAGCUGGCACAAGUGACCCGUUCAUUAUCUUCACCUUGAAUAACGAAAAGGUUUAUAGAACAAGGGUUGUCAAAAAGACUUGUAGUCCCGAAUUUAAUGAAGAAUUUAUGGUGAAAGUGUUGUCACGUUCAGCUGAUGUAUUAGAAGCUGAAAUGUUUGAUUGGAAUCAAAUAGGAAAUGCUACAAAAAUUGCAAGUUGUAAGAUUCAAAUCGACGAUUUGCCACUUUUUGAAAGAGCAGUGAAAAAUAUAAAUUUGCAGAAUGAACUUGACAAUUCAAAACCUGGGGGCAUACUUAAUCUUCAUAUUGUUUUCCGGCCCGCUUUACUUUCGAGGAGGAGACAAACUUCGGGUGUCGUAACAAAGACUCUAACAGGGAUUGGUUCUGGGGUAGGAAAUGUCGUUGCCGGCGGCACCUCUUUUGUAGGGUCUGGUGUAAAUCUUGUCGGUUCUGGAGCAAAUACAUUUGUUUCUGGUGCAGGAAAUAUGGUUGGUUCUGGAUUCGGUCUUUUAAAGAAGCCCAGAUCGAAUAAGUCUGAUCAAUCGGACCAAUCGGAGAAAUCGGAGAAAUCAGAUAAAUCAGAAGAAAAUGUAACAAGCAGGUCUAUUGAUUUUGAUAAAGAAAAUGCCAAAGAAAAUAGAACUUCACUAGCUAGUAGUACUGAAAGUUUAAAUGGUGAAGCUGUAAUCCUGACAUUACAUAUCAUUGAAGCGAAAGAUUUAAUUGCAGCAGACAGUGGAGGUACGAGUGAUCCAUAUGUAAGAGUUAAAUUUAACAAAAAGGACAUCUUCAAGACAGCAAUUAAAAAGAAGACAUUGACGCCUACAUGGGAAGAAAAAUGUACAAUAAACAUUAAUGAUCCAUCAGCUACUAUAAAUUUGUCAGUAAGAGAUCAUAACGCAAUGAGUAAAGACGUAGAUAUUGGAUCAUACGAUUUAAAUGUGCAAGAACGUAUUCAACCGGGAGCUGAAAGGGACUUUUGGGUAAAUUUAGAGAAGGGUGACCAAGGAAAAUUACAUAUUAAAUUGGAAUUUAAUGGUAAAGAAUCAAAUGCAUCUAGCAAAGGAAGUUUUAAAAUUUGGUAA